AUGUCAUGCACUUCGAUCGGCCACAUCUCCGUUCAGAACUCCUACAUAAUCGAGCAUCUCGUUCCUAGGAAUUAUCGACAGCGAUGUGACGUUCAAAUGGAUCUGCGCAGACACAAACUCGGUGAUCUUUACGGACCUGUGGCAGUCUCUGAUGACGGUGUCGGCAUCUUCGGCGAUAUAUAUGGACCGUUGAUUCUGCAGAUCAAAUAUGCGUCUUUCGUUCUGUCGGAUUCGGCCAAGGACACCACCCUUGGUGGCAGUGGUUCAGCAGAGCCUCCACUGAGACUGCGUGGGCUACAAAUUCAACCGUGGCUCAAUGUCAAAGAAGACAAAGAUAAGUUCAGGACUGCCCACGAAAAGCCGGCCACCAGUCAAGCAACGAAAUACAAACUGAGGUUGAUGCGGCAAUAUCUGAGUGAAGCACAAAGGUCGAGAAUACCAUGGACCACGAACAAGAAUUUUGUCUCUAUUAGCAAACGUCAGUACAAACCUUCGCCCACUUCUAUUGUACAGCUGCUUCCUCAAUUCGAGUUUGCUGAUAGAGCUAUGAAAGCCGUGGAUGCAUGUAUGGCAUGUCUCAAAAUGGAAACCUUUAGGGCGUCAGUAUUCAGAAGGUCUCAAGUUUGGGAAGUCAUUGAUACCUACAUCAAAGCGAAGAUGUGGUUAGGUAUUGGUUCGUUUCAAAAAGCCGUGGCCGCCCUGAAUGUAGCCUCACAGAAAGCUGGACUCAUAUUUUAUGAACCUACCUUGGAUCAUUUGAUCUUGUCCCUGGUCAUCAUCCUGGACAAGCAGAAUCCUCAAGAACAUGAACGUGGUGUUCACAGGGCGAGAUUGUUGUCUGAACUUGCUUCCAUUUGCUACAAAGAAUUUGGAAAGUUCCACCCACUCACUUACCUGCUGCGCAUCGGACAGCUGGCCAGAAAACAAGCGGCGGUCUACUGGCAACCUCUAGUCUGCCACUAUGCUUUUGAUGUGGUGGGAGCUGAUAUUUCGACGAACAACCUAGCAACAUUUACUCAAGGUGUUACAGCAAAAUUCAACGCCGGAGGCUUGCGACUACUUCACGAGUGGUCCGACUGGGAUGGCAUCGCAAGAUAUGCUGAAAAGGUCAAGAAGAUACACACUCAGCCACGACAAGCAAAUCUUGACCUUGCCCUAUACCUCGAUUUCAUUCUAGCAGAGACCGCGAUAUUCCACGGUCGCCAUGCAGAAGGUAUACAAGCAUUACAAACCAUAUCAUCAAACACACAAGUGACUGGUAUACGUAUCGAUGCAAUGAUGCGACUUUCUCAAAUCUACUCUCAAACAGGCGAUGAAGACAAGUCGUCGAAAUAUGUACACUCCGCCUUCUUGGCAGGACUUGACUACUUUGGUCCCAGGCACGCGUAUUUAACACAUAUGUUUCGAAACCUUCAGGACUACCUUGCGUUUUAUAAGCAGAGGGAAGGGCGUGAAGCAUGGUUAUCGCAGUAUCCGAGUCUGGCUCAAUUGAUUGCUUUUACUGCUGCUGCUGAUGACGGGAACGUGACGGGCAGGAUGCACGGAGUUCAGGAACGAAGUGCAAAGACCCAAAACGAUGACUUGGGCAACUAG